AUUAGGGUUCCAUUACUCUGAUUUCAGAGAACUUAUAAGUCUCAAAUCAGUAAUAUCUCCGAGAUAGGUCGAAUGAUUUACUGAUUCCAGAUAUCUCAAAACCUAAAUCAAGCCCUAAUCUGAAAUCCUUGAACUUUCUCUCUCUCGUUCUCUUCUCUGGUUAUUAGGGUUCUAUUACUCUGAUUUCAGAGAACUUAUAAGUCUCAAAUCAGUAAUAUCUCCGAGAUUAAGGUCGAAUGAUUUACUGAUUUCAGAGAUCUCAAAUCCUAAAUCAAGCCCUAAUCUGAAAUCCUUGAACUGACCUAGCAGUGCAGUUCUCCACCAUGAUUCGAUCUAUCAAUCGAAGGGGUAUGUUGAGAUACACAGUUCUGGAUUCAGAGAAUUUCUGUUAAAGCUGGAGCUUCUUAGAGAAAUUGUUGAUUCGGGAUUUGAGCAUCCAUCUGAAGGAAUUUUUUUUUACUUGGAUUCUUUUAUGUUUUUGAUUUGAGUUAGCUAUUUCUUUGUGGUAUUUCCUUAUAAGUUUUGUAUUAAGAUUAUGGUUCAGUUGGAUAGUUUUGAUAUAAUCCUGUUGAUUCUUGAAAUUUAGUAGGUGAUAUGGCGAUUGUAUUUUACUUAUUUUACAUAACUAGGUAAUAUAUUUUGAUAUGUGUUGUUUGACUUGCAGGUAAAAAACACUUGUUCUGCACUCCUGGUUUUGAAGGAAAAAAUUUGUUGAUUAACAUUUCCAUUAGAGUUCUCAGAGAUCUUUCUUACUCACUGAGGUUCUUCGGCUACAAUUUUUCUUUUGGUUCUCAAUCAGUUCAACAUGAAUGCAUGCCUCAAGCUAUUUUGGGUAUGGAUGUUAUCUGUCAAGCAAAAUCUAGCAACUAUUAUUGGUCCUCUAAUCCAUCUGCUUCAAAAUGCUGAGUUUGAUAUCAAAAAGUAGGCUGCUUGGGCAAUCUCAAAUGCAACUUCUGGGGGAUCCCAUAAGCAGAUUAAGAACUCUUUCUGAUGAUUGAUGUGAAUGCUUCCGUCCCAAAUUGACAAAAAGUUGGAUGUGCAAGGGAUGAAAGUUAAAAGCUGGAAUAAUGAGCCUGUUGCUGGACAAGUUGCUGCUCUAAUUUUUUGUCACACGCGAGAGUUGGCUUACCAGUGGUUUGGAGAUGCUGAAAAGCUUACCAAGGCUCUUUUCUCUUUUGCUAGCAAGCUUGCCCCUGUAACUAUAUUUGUCUAUGAGGUUGACAGUUCGCUUGGUGCCCGAGGUGGUGGCUCUGAACAUGAGGCAACUAGAAUGAUGAGAAAUGAGUUUAUGGCAGCUUGGGAUGGACUGAGGUCGAACGACAGCCGAAGAAUCCUUGUUCUCGGUGCCACGAAUAGACCAUUUGACCUUGAUGAUGAUGUUAUGCGUUGUUUGCCAAGAAGGUGAGAUAUCUAAAAUGCCAUCCUUUGAGUUCAACUUUUUGCUAGGACAUAUAGUUCUAAUUGCUAGACAGUUUUACAUUUUUACUCUCUGUACAUAGAAUAUUGUCCCGGCAGUAUCAUAUUGAGUCCCAAGUGCCGUAUAUGAGCUGUGGUUUCUUUUCUGUCUUGUUGUCCAUUAAUUAUCAGUUAAUAAUCCAGUUGUAUAUUAUUAAUGGACAUGCAGUUGAAGUCCAUUAAUUAUAGUAUAUAUGGGUCAAUGUAGGGCGAGCUCUUUACUA